AAAGAUAUCACCUUUCUCUCUCUCUUUGAAUCCAUAACAUACGCCAUGGGUGCUGAUUUUCGAAAGGGGAAGAAAAUAACCAUUUUGAGUAUCGAUGGAGGUGGCAUUCGAGGCAUCAUUCCCGGAACCCUUCUAGCUUUCCUCGAGUCUAAGCUUCAGGAAUUGGAUGGCCCAGAUGCGAGAAUUGCAGAUUACUUCGACGUAAUUGCGGGUACGAGCACCGGUGGCUUGGUUACGUCGAUGCUUACGGCUCCCGACAAGAACAAUCGUCCAUUGUAUGCAGCCAAAGAUCUUACCAGCUUCUACACAGAACAUGCACCAAAAAUCUUCCCCCAGAGAAACCAUUUCUUGAGCUCAGCAGUGAAUUUGUUUGGGAAAGUGAUGGGCCCAAAGUACGACGGCAAGUACUUGAGACGAUUGAUAAAGGAUUUGCUUGGAGAUAUAAGGCUUAAGCAAACAUUGACACAAAUCAUUAUUCCUGCUUUCGAUAUCAAGCUUCUUCAGCCUGUGAUUUUCACUACCAUUGAUGCUAAAUGGGAUGAGCUGAAGAAUCCCAAACUGGCAGAUGUUUGUAUUAGUACCUCUGCAGCUCCUACUUUCCUACCAGGGCAUGCAUUUGAAACUAUGGAUUCCAACGGAAAUGUUCGUAAAUUUGAUAUGGUUGAUGGGGGCGUCGCAGCCAAUAAUCCAACGACAUUGUUCAAUAUCAUACAAUUGUGA